AUGGCCCUUCAAUCCUCCCUCAUCGUCAGCGCUUCAGCGCUGUCGAUCUUCAUUCUUGUUGUCCUUGUGGUCCGCGCGGUCUGCGCUCGCUCGUCUGACGCCGACAAGCGCCGGUUUCCCCCCGGUCCGCCCGCACUUCCGAUCCUCGGAAACGUGCAUCAACUUCCGGUGGAUUAUCAGCAGCGCAAGCUCGCGGAGUGGGGCAGACAAUAUGGGGACGUCGUGUUCGCGCGCUUCUUCCGCACCCCCGCAGUAGUAUUAAAUUCGCGGGAAGCGGCCAUAGAUCUGAUGGAGAAGCGCAGCGCCAAAUACUCCGACCGGCCUCGGUUUAUACUGCUGAAGGAGCUUAUGGGCUGGGACAGCGUGCUGAACAAUCUGCCCUACGGCGACCGGUUCCGCAAGCACCGCAAGUGGCUGCAGGACGCGUUCGUAUCGAAGGCAGCCCUCGCCACGUACCUCCCCAUUCAACGGCGCGAAACGUACACUCUGCUGGCUGGACUAUGCGAUAGACCGGAGCUGUUCAUGGAGCACGUUAAGCGGUGGGCGGCCGCGACUAUCAUGGAAAUCGCAUAUGGGCACCAUGUUACCUCUAUCGACGACAAGUACAUCGCUCUGGCCGAGAAGACUACGGUGGAGACCGUUCUCGCCGGAAGCCCAGGCUCCAUGCUGGUCGACUUCUUCCCAAUACUGAAGGGCAUUCCGCUCUGGGCGCCGGGGUCUGGCUUCAAGCACCGCGCGUUCUAUGUCCGAUCACUCGUCCACCGCACGCUCAACACGCCGUUCGAGAUGGUACAACGUGCAUUGCGCGCCGGCACGGCAGCACCGUCAUUCACUGCGACUCUCCUCGAGGAGUCCGCUGCGGCAGGCACCCUGACAGCGGAGCAAGAGGAGGAUAUCAAGGGCGCAGCUGGAGUUAUCUACGCCGCUGGAACCGAUACGACCGUUACUUCCAUGAAGACGUUCAUUCUCGCCAUGGUCCUGCACCCCGAUGUCUACAGGAAGGCGCAAGCAGAGGUGGACAAGGUCAUCGGAUCCGACCGCCUACCCGACUACGAAGAUAGGGAGAACAUGCCAUAUCUGGACGCCAUCUUGAAGGAGAUGUUCCGGUGGAACGCACCCGUGCCACUUGGUGUGCCACACAGGGUCCAGGCCGAUGACGUGUAUCGCGGGUGCCACAUCCCCGAGGGUGCCAUGAUCAUCCCGAACAUCUGGUGGAUGACACAGGAUCCGGAUGUUUAUGCCUCGCCGGAGCGGUUCGACCCCGAGCGGUUCCUGAACCUGUCACCGGAGGUUGCAGCACGCGUCGACCCCAGGAACGUGGUCUUUGGGUUUGGUCGUCGCAUCUGCCCUGGGCAGGCGUUCGCAGAGUCGAGCAUAUGGCUCGCCGCGGCGAACAUCAUCGCGACGAUGGACCUCACAUUUGCGAAGGACAACCUGGGUCGGGCGAUCGUCCCGGAGGCCGUGUUCAUCUCGGGUUUUGUCAGCCACCCGAAGGAGUUCACAUGCGCCUUCCGCCCGCGCUCGGACCGCAUCCGUGGCCUCGUCGCGCACAUGAACGCCGUCAAUAUCGUCACGGCAUGAUCCCGGCUUAACAACUGCGGCUACGCAUUUAUACGGGCUUCUGGGCGGUGUGCACGGGCAUGUGGCUAGGUUUCUGCUCCGUAUCUAGUGGACAGUAUUCUGACAGCUCCUGCGCCGCUAGCAGUCGACGCACGACGUUCACACCGCCCUCCUCAUCGCAGGACCGCGCCGGGUGUGGCGCGCACAGGAGCGUACGCAUACUUCCACUAAAUACCGUUUCCGUUUAUGUUUUCCCCUCGCACUCAUCUUCUCAGUAUACCCCAUUACGAACCUCACGAAGAACCUGUACGUAUUAGUGGACGGACCAGUUAGUGUUCCCGAAAGUCGGUAGUCAAAUUCAUCAUGUGAAC